GUGCUCCACUUUCUUUAGGUGAUGCACCCAUUUUAAACAUAAGCCUUCCUUCUUCCUUCUUGAUAAGUUAUCACAUAUGGAGGGCAAUACAGAGCUAGUAUUCUUUAUAGCUCCAUACAUUGGCCAUAUCACACAGGCCGUGGAGCUAGCCAAGCUCAUGAUCCAUUGUGAUGACCGCAUUUCCAUCACUUUCCUCCUCGUCAAACUCCCUGCUAUUGAUUUCGAGGUGAACUCCUUCAUUGAUUCCCUCCCUCUCACCUCCACCAAGCGCCUCCACUUUCUCCACCUCCCUCCUGUCAAACCAAAGCCCGAAUGGAGCGCCGUCAGCCGCGGCGCUUUCAUGACUCAUCUCAUCUCCCACCAUAAGCCUAAUGUAAGAAACUUCGUCACUCAGAGAUUCGUCACGGACGCGUCCACCUCUCCCCGCUUAGGCGGCUUCGUGGUGGACACGCAGUGCACGAGCUCGAUUGUGGACCUGGCUGACGAGUUUGGUGCGCCCACCUAUGCUUUCUUUACUUCAGGCGCGGCCUUUUUAGGGCUCACUCUUCUUUUCCAAACCCUACAAGACGAAGUCCUCAAGGAAGACAUUACGAGUAAUUACUUGAAGAAGAGUGAGCUCUCGGCACCCUGCAUUGCGAAACCGGUUCCGACAAGCGUGCUCCCUGUUACUUUGAUGGACACGCAGACAUGGAACACGAGGUUCUUGCACUACGCACGUGGAUACAAAAAGGCUAAAGGGAUCAUAGUGAACACCUUCAAUGACCUAGAGUCCUUUGCCAUGAGCUCGCUCUCGGACCAGGGCUCCACGUGUUACGGCAGCAAGCCUAAUGUUUAUCCGGUGGGGCCGAUUAUUAACAAGAUUAUGCAAUAUGGGUCCGAAGACAUUACCAAGUGGCUGGACAAGCAGCCACCAACGUCUGUUGUUUUUCUCUGCUUCGGAAGCAUGGGGAGCACCCAAGGGGAGCAAGUGCACGAGAUCGCUGAUGGGCUCGAGCGAAGCGGGUCCCGGUUCUUGUGGGUCCUACGUCGUCCGCCGGCUCCGGGGGUCACGGUGGACUUCCCGGCAGACUACACUAACUAUGAGGAUGUUCUGCCCAAGGGGUUCUUGGACCGUACAAAGGAGACAGGGAAGGUGGUAGGGUGGGUCCCCCAGCUUGCGGUGCUGUCACAUCGAGCUGUCGGGGGGUUCGUGUCGCACUGUGGGUGGAAUUCGAUACUGGAGAGCUUGUGGUGUGGAGUUCCAAUAGGAACCUGGCCAUUAUAUGCUGAACAGAAGCUGAAUGCAUUUCAGUUGGUCCAUGAUUUAGGCUUAUCCGUGGAGAUCACACCUAUAAUAAAUAAUCCCAAACUAGAAGACAAGGCGAAUGAUAAGGUGGUUCGGGCGGAACAGAUAGAGAAGGGUAUAAAGAAUUUGAUGUCGGACGGUGAGGUGAGGAAGAAGGUGGCGGAGAUGAAAGAGGCAUGCCACAAGGCACUCAAGAAUGGAGGUUCGGCUAAAGUUUCUCUCGGCAAUCUCAUUCAGGAUGUUAUCAAGGGUUAAGUAAUUAAUCAAGUAAUUAGUAGUGUAAGUUCGAAGAAAUUGAAAUGGUUGAUUAAAUAAUGACAGCUUGAACAACUCAAUACGGUAUGGUACGUCCGUACAUCACAAGCCGUGAUUGUUAUGAUAAGAGUUGUUUGCAUGUGGAUGCUGUUGCUUAUUUUUUUUUUAUCUAAUGCAAUGCUUAUUUGGUGCA